AUGAUUACUGUCCGAACUGACCAUACAGCAUCCAUAUUAACAAAUGGGAAUGUGUUAGUUGCUGGUGGUGGUCAUCGUACUCAUUUAAGUAGUGCUGAAUUAUAUGAUCCAUCGACUGGAACUUGGACAAAUACUGGUAGUAUGAAUGAGGCACGAGAUAGGCACAUAGCAUCCUUAUUAACAAAUGGAAAAGUGUUAGUUGCUGGUGGAGCUAACAGUAGAAGUGAUCAUAUGAAUACUGCUGAGGUGUAUGAUCCAUCAACGGGAACUUGGACAACUACUGGUAGCAUGAAUGACGCACGACUGUUGCCCAUCGCAUCCGUAUUAACAAAUGGAAAAGUAUUAGUUAUUGGUGGACAUGGUAAUGUUGGUAAUAACAUUCUGAAUAGUGCUGAAUUGUAUGAUUCAUCAACAGAAACUUGGACAAAAACUGGUGACAUGAAUAGGGCACGAGCUGGGCACACAGCGUCCUUAUUAACAAAUGGAAAAGUGUUAGUUGUUGGUGGGGAUGAGGGUAAGCACGAGGGUUCUCUGAAUAGUGCUGAAUUGUAUGAUCCAUCAACGGGAACUUGGACAGUUACUGGUAGUAUGAAUUAUGGUCGUGAGUCUCAUACAGCAUCCACAUUAGAAAAUGGGAAAGUGCUAGUUGUUGGUGGCUAUGGUAAUUUUGGUCCUGUGAAUAGUGCUGAAUUGUAUGAUCCAUCAACAGGAACUUGGACAACUACUGGCAGUAUGAAUGAGGCACGAGUAUAUCACACAGCAUCCAUAUUACUCAAUGGGAAAGUGAUAGUUACUGGCGGAUCUACUGCGGGUGAGAGUGAUCCUCUGAAUAGUGCUGAAUUGUAUGAUCCAUCAACAGAAAAUUGGACAACCACUGAGAGCAUGAAGGAGGCACGAGAGCAGCACAUUGCAUGCAGAUUAAUAAAUGGUAAAGUGUUAGUGACCGGUGGUAAUCCGGAUACUGUUGAGUUGUAUAAUCCAUAA